AAACAACAACAAGACGACUAGCUGGAGGAUGGAAGCAAGGAAGGGUUCGCUGCUUUAAAUGUUAGUGCUCUGUCUUUAUAACCUUUUAUGCAGCGUCAUUAAUCAGUCGUAGACGUUUGACUGCAUUAAGGGCUGGCCUCAUGGAGCAGGGAUUCCAGUACCUGCUUUGCACCAGGAAACUAAGUCCAAGUCUGCUUCCCAGCAAAGAUGCCUAAAGACGAUUGUUACCCUUUACUUCCCCAUCAGUCACCCUAAUUUGUACUUUGAGGGGAGUCUCCUCCUGCCAGCAUUAUGCUAGGAAAGGUGAAACACAAUUUGUUGAUCAUAUGCUUGGUCAUCAGUUCGGUCACUGUCUUCUACCUUGGCCACCAUGCCAUGGAGUGCAACAAUCACAUUCAGCAGCGAGAGUCUGGUGCAUUUCUGCCUCUCUCAGCAGUGGGUGGAAGCAUGCGAAGCACUAUACAAACAGGCCGGAAUCUUAGCAUGCCUUUCUUUUACACCAAAGACAUGCCACUCAUCUUUAUUGGUGGUGUUCCCCGCAGUGGGACUACACUCAUGAGAGCAAUGCUGGACGCUCACCCGGAGAUACGUUGUGGUGAAGAAACGCGUGUGAUCCCACGCCUUCUGGCAAUGAAACAGAUGUGGAGCCGUUCCGGGAGGGAAAAGAUGCGUCUGGAUGAGGCCGGAGUGACAGAUGAGGUGCUGGAUGCCGCGAUGCAGGCUUUCCUGCUGGAAAUCAUUGUCAAGCAUGGCGAGCCAGCAAACUUCCUCUGCAACAAGGACCCAUUUGCUCUCAAGUCGCUGUCUUACCUCGCCAAAAUAUUCCCCCGUGCCAAGUUUGUGCUCAUGAUCCGUGAUGGUCGUGCUUCAGUGCACUCCAUGAUCUCUCGAAAGGUGACAAUUGCUGGAUUUGACCUGGGAAGCUUCCGGGACUGCUUGACCAAGUGGAAUCGGGCUGUGGAGACCAUGUACACCCAGUGUCUAGAGGUACCUGAUAAGUGCCUACCUGUGCAAUACGAACAAUUAGUCCUUCACCCUGAGAAAUGGAUGAGGACGCUUUUGAAAUUCCUUGACAUUCCAUGGAACGAUGCCGUUCUCCACCACGAGGAGCUGAUCGGGAAAGCAGGAGGAGUUUCCCUCUCAAAGGUGGAGAGGUCCACUGACCAGGUCAUUAAGCCUGUCAACAUAGAGGCUUUGUCCAAAUGGGUGGGGAAGAUUCCAGCUGAUGUGGUGAGGGACAUGGCCAUCAUUGCUCCCAUGUUGUCCAGAUUGGGUUACGACCCUUAUUCUAACCCCCCCAACUAUGGCAGCCCCGACCCCAAAGUUAUGGACAACACCAGACGGGUAUUUAAAGGUGAAUUUCAACUUCCAGAUUUCCUCCGAGGAAAAUCCCAGAUCCAGAGGUCUGCAGAAAGAGUCCAUCCCACUUAAGACCAGUGACAUUGCCAGCACUUCUACAGGAAAGGACUUCGUGCAGUGAGAAGAAUAUAUACAUGAGUCAUCUUCUCAUGUAUGAUAUAUACUGUAUAUAUUCUUGGAUAUGGCUCUGACAUCACACAGCUUUCAUCUGUCAGCCCUCAAGUGUUGUACUUCAGAAGAACAAAACAUUUCUUCCCCAUUGUUAAUGGAAUCAGAGAGAACCACAAUACAGUACCAUCACAAUAAUUCUAGCAAUGAUAAUAAUAGCAUACGCUUGCUGAGUUUUGCCAUUAAACUCAUGUCAUGUAAAUAUACACAUUUCCCUUGCACUAUUACCAUAAAAUGAUUUUUUUUCCACAAUGAAGAGUGGAGUUGUUUUAGAUCUUUUCAUAGUGGUCAGUGUCGUCAUGAUAUUCUUCUCUUCAGAAUGCGCAUGUAGAGGAAGCAACACAAAGCUCAUGAUGUCAUCAAAGUUUGUAACCGCCGUCUGAGUGACACGGUUCCAAUAUCAAUACGUGAUAUUGUGUAUUGUAAAAUAUACCACACAAUAUAUUUCACUAUUGAUUUCCUGUCCUGCCUCUAUGGCCAAUGACUGUUUUUGUGUCACAGUAAGAUACAAAUCAUCUUGUUUUGUUGCAAGAACGGGAGUUCAUUUGUAAGAAGAAAGUCAAGCCAGAACAACAAUGAAACCAAUCUUUAACGACGACUGCAGUCACCUGUCAAAAAAUCCUUCAUAUUUGACAAGGAAAUACCCCAUCCCUGUACUAUCAAACCUUGCUUUUCACAUGCACCAUUUUUCAUAGGAUUCGCUUCUUGAGUAUUUUUUCCAAACUGUUGCUUCAGAUUUUGUAUACUGUCUUGGUUAUCAUACGGUCUAUAAUUAUUGUCUAUAAAAUGUAUUUUUUGUUUAUAUUUGUAGGUGUCUGAAAUGGAUCCAGACUUUUUGGAACAGAAAUACACUUCUGAUCAAAAUCUUAAGACCAGUUGAAAAAUUGCUAGAAUUUGCAUUUUGCACAUUUGGAUCUUAAUGAGGUUUUAAGUAGAGCUACAAUAUGCAAAAGAAGGAAUGGGGAGUGAGACAAAAAGCACUUUGUCUUAAACUUUUGAUCAGCUGAUAAACAGCCUAUUUCAGUUUUUUUGUUGUUUUCAAUAAAUAACUUUUUCAAUCACUAAAAAAAUAACAAAAAACUCUCCAAACAAGAACAAAAAAUGUUCUCAGUCGGACUCAGUAAUGAGUAGCUCCACCGUUCUAGUUAAUCACGUCAAAUAUUGGUUUGGGUAUGCUUGAUGCGAGUGUUUCCAGGAGGCUAGUGGGAACAUUGCUCCAAGUGGUGAAGAUGGCUUCACGAAGGGCAUCAACUGUCUGGAACUGAUGGCCUUUUUUAUAAACUUCCCUUGCCAUCCAUCCCCAAAUGUUCUCUAUGGGAUUAAAAUGAGGGGAACAUGCAGGAUGGUCCAAAAGAGUGAUGUUGUUCUCCCUGAAGAAGUCCUUGGUCAAGCGAGCAUUGUGAACUGCAGCGUUGUCCUGUUGAAAAACCCAGCUGUUACCACACAGACGAGGGCCCUCAGUCAUGAGGGAUGCCCACUGCAACAUCUGCACGUAAGCAUACGCCGUUUGACGACCCUGCACCACCUGAAGCUCCAGUGUUCCACUGAAUGAAAAAGCACCUGAGAUCAUGAUGGACCCCCCUCCACUGUGCCGGGUAGAAAACAUCUCAGGUGGGAUCUCCUUGUCAUGCCAGUAACGUUGGAAGCCAUCUGGACUGUCAAGGUUACAUUUUUUUCUCAUCAGAGAAUCAAACUUUUUUCCACCUUUCAAUGUCCCAUGUUUGAUGCUCCCUGGCAAGGGGAGCAUCUAAACGGGCAGUUUUGUGGCAUUGAAGGAGACGAGGUCUUUGAAUUCGUUUUUUUGUUUUUUAAACCCUUUUUCCCGCAGAUGCCGUCUGAUGGUUAUUGUGCUGCAGUCGGCACCAGUAAGGGCCUUAAUUUGGGUGGAAGACCGCCCUGUGUCUUGAUGGACUGCCAAUAAAGCUAAUUUUAAAUCCAUCCAGCAAUUGCAAUGCUUUAAUAGGCUGUCAAAUAUUACAUUUAAUCUCCUCUUACUAUAUUUCUUCAAUCAAUUCAUCGGAAACAAGCUAGGAAAAUAUCAAUACCUGGCUUGCACAAUAGCAAAAAUGCUAAUAAGCCACUCUGUCACUCUUUCAAAAAUGAUUUGCAAUUUAUGUUCUUUGUUCAAUUUAAAGUGCAUUUGUACUACAGAAAAAAGUGUCAAGUUACGAACACAUUUAUCAUGAACAAUGUAACAUAUACUGUACCGUAACAUCACACAUCUCUCACAUCAGUUACCUUACUGUAUUUUCCCAACUAUAAGUCAGUCUGGAGUAUAAGUAUUUAUUUACAAAUUUAUUUCACAAAAUUUAAGAGCAAGAACAGACAUUUAAUGUGGAAAGGCAAGCCACAUUAACACCUAUUCAGCCACACAAUCGCAAAAAAUAGGGGUGUCGACGUGCACUCAAUUC